AUGGAGGAGGAAAAGCCAACGAGCCCAACCCAUGAUGCCGAGCAGCCUGCUGUUAAGGAGCAGGCUGAACCAUGCUCAGAGGCAAAAAUCCAUGAGCAGCAGACGGAGGAAGACAUGGCCUCCAAAGCACAGACAGAGGAUGAUGAGUCGGUCAAGGCAGGGGCUGGAGAGGACGAGUCUUCCAAAGCCAAGGUUGGAGAGGACGAGGCUGCCAAAGUUGAGACUACAGAGGACAAGUCUGAAGAGACAAAGGAGCCCAUGGACUGGUUUGAGCCAUUGGAGGACGAUGACGAUGAUGCCAAUAGCUUUGAUUUUUCCGCCGUCUUGGGUCAAAAAGAAGCAGAGGAAGAAAGCUUGGCAGGGGAAAGUGAAAAAAGCGGAAGUGUGGCAGGCAGUGAGAAGGCCCGAAAAGGAUACAAACGGAAUGUAGGGCGACCGAGGGGAUCUAGGCAAUCGAAUGCGAUCGACGAUGACUGGGAAGACUGUCCCUCUUUGGGAGAAGGAUGGAAGCGGAAAGAACGUGUUCGUCAGAGUGGAACAAGAACGGGACAAAGUGAUGUUUAUUACAUGAGCCCACGAGGUGAAAGAGCCCGUAGUCGCAUAGAACUGGCCAUUAUGCUGAAGCGUGAUUUGAGCAGUUUUGAAUUCAAAACAGGAGUGUUCCACAUGAAUGGUGAACAAAAAUUGACAUUACAAAGACGAAAGAGAAAGCGGCGUGACCAUUCGUCGUCUGAUUCCAGUUUUGUUGAGAGGGAAGGAGCAGAAACGCCAGAUUCUCAUCACAGACUCACUCCCACUUUGGCAUCCAAGCCGGUCGCUACACAUCAGGCCGCUUCUGCCACAAACAGCCCAACAACCCUUCAAAUUAAGAAAGAACGCACCACCUACUCUCCAAAAGAGACUAUGAAGCCACCGGAUGGUAAAAUAAAACUUCCAGGCCCAACAUCAACAUCGUCAAAGCCUCUUUCUUUGCCGUCCGUUAAUGGAGAGUUUGGGUCCGAGGACAGCACGCUACUUUGUGCAAGGUGCGGCCUCAUGUUUACUGGAACAUGGUAUGAUAAACAGCGGAAAAAGCCUCUCUGUCCUUCAUGCUGGUCAUCAAAGACAAAAGAGCAUCCCAUGAUUCGUUUUCGAAAGUGGAUUCCAUGUGGACAAUGUGCAGGAUGCCACAACAAGGUGAACUGCGGUCAGUGCACCAACUGUAAGGAGCGGUCACCUGAAAACCGUAAACGGACGUGUAGGAAGAGGAAAUGUGUAUGUCCUAUCCGCAAGGGCCCUGGAGGAUUCGUUAUGCCAAAGCCAAAAAGUGACCCGCCGUCAGAAAGCUCUCAGGAUUAUUCCUUAAACCAGCCGAUAGUCGAUAUUAAAACCAGUGAUAUAGAAAACUUGAUCACCCCUCUGGAAAUGGAUGACGACGACGAUGCGUCAACAGACGAGGAUGAGGAAGAAGUAGUGCUUGUAGACAAAGAGCAGAGCAGGAAAACAAGAAAUACCAGGGAAAGUUGCAAGAUAACUGGAAGUGAGAGGCGCAAGAGGCGGAAGCGACGCUCCUGUGGAGAAUGUCGAGCAUGUCUGUACACCGAAGACUGUGGGACCUGUGAUUUUUGUAUAGACAAGCCUAAGUUUGGUGGCAGCAACAAAAAACGACAGAAGUGUCGACUACGGCAAUGCCAAAGGCAGGCAAUGAGACACUUGCUGCCUGGGUCCCAGCUUGGGCCACCGUCGGAUGGGUUUACAACUGUAACCAGAUCAAAACCACAACACACCUACAGUCGAAAAAAGAAAAGAGUUUUACCACCAAGUGAAGAGGAGGAGGACGACAGAAACUCGAACUGGAGUGCUGAAAAUGCCAGUAGCAGUAAGGCUACUCCUAAACAUAAUGUCCGGAAAAACACAUCUAUGCAGUUAAAUAAUUCAGUGUUUGAAGAGCAGAAUGGAGUGACAAGUGAUGAUAACUUUAAUCAGAUGGAAACCGUGCCGUCGUUUAUAAGCUUUUCUCAAUUCCAAGCACCGGUAGAAGAUGUUGAAGAGGACGACUAUCCUACGAUUACACAAAUCUACAGUUUGGCGGAUGAACCAGAACCCAGUGACAUGAACAAGGAGAACGACCUUAUGAAGUUGUUGACCUCGUUGCGCGCCUCUGCUCUGCCGAUCCUGUGGUAUGCAAUCAUGGCGGACGGGCCGCAGAUCCAGCUGGUGCAGUGUUCCAAGCGCUCUGUCAUGGCGGACACCACCGUGCUCAUCAACUCUGACUUUAACUACAAGGUCCUGGUGCAGAGACACCCGCUGCUGGCCACACACCCUCUGUAUGACACCCACCCCUCACUACUGAACUGUGUCACACAUGUGGUCAACCUGCUCUUGGACCUGGACAAAUACUUCAUAUGUCAUGGUGUACCCCCUAAUGACGCAGUACUCAGCAGAAGCCCAGUGCGGGAAUCCUCCACAGCACCGCGGCGUCGUCUCUCCUCCACCGCUCGCCUGGGCUUUGUCACCGAGGACCGUGAAGACCUUGGAGAGCCUCGGUCAUGUCUUGUGACUCCACCCUCAUAA